AUGCGAUUCCACCGGCUCCAGAAUGUCCAAAUCGCCCUGGACUUCCUCAAACAGAGACAGGUACAACUGACACACACACACACACACACACACACACACCUGCCGCUCUCAAACCCACUCAAUAUUUCAACAGGUACUCAUGCUCUCAGAAAUACACAUUGAGCUGAACUAAGCCAUAUUUGAUGACAUCUGCGUCAAUAAAACGUUUCGUUUGGUUUAUUUGACCAUUUGAAAAGCCCAUACAAAGCACAUCCAUAAAUAAAAUCAUUGAAGUGACCUUUCUCUCUAUCUCCUGUCCCACUGUGUCAGCGCCUUAUGACUGGGGCUCCCAGAUGACCAUAGUCACACCUCACGUAUCACUAACCAUGCUGCACCUCUCUCUUAGAGACACCUGCUCUUACUAGACAUGGGCUGCAUCUCAGUAGCCUUUAGUGGCUUCCUCUCCUUGUUUCAUUGCUUUUAUGUGCACUGAUACGAGAAAGCAGGAUGGAAUAUGGAGGGUAUUCUCACCUCACACAAAAAUAUAGAUUUUGUAGUAUUCAAUGUUGCAGUAGGGAGCAAGAAGUCAUGUCUGGUUAAUAACAUGGAGCACAUGGGUACCCAACUCCAGUCCUCUUAUAGUUUUCUGUUCUAUGUCAAAUCUUUAAUAGGUUUACCACUAGGCCUGGUGUUUAAUCCUCCCAUUCUACAUGUUUCAGGUCAAACUGGUGAACAUCCGGAACGAUGACAUCACAGACGGCAACCCCAAGCUGACACUGGGCCUCAUCUGGACCAUCAUCCUGCACUUCCAG